AUGUUGGGGGCGAGAGCUCGGGUUCCCCACAUUUUCAGAACUCGAUUGUAUUCUACAUCGAGGUUGCCUCGAAAACCUGACUAUUUUACCAAAAACAGUAGUCUUGGUGAUGAGUACACUUCCUUGAAAAAAGAGCUCCAAUCUUUAUACAAGAGCGCACUUGAACGCAUCAACUCUCAAAUGGAGAGCGCCAGCAUGGUACGCAAACAAACAAGUGAUGAAAAUCUUGCCCCUCCAGUUUUGGGACUACCGGCUGAUGAUAUUGUGCUCAACGAAAACGAAAUAUGGUCUUUCUUUUCACUUUUGAAACUCGAUCGAACUCAAAGAAUCCUCACUUAUCCUGCAAAAUCAUUAACUUGGGCCGGGUAUUCAGAUAUUGAAUAUCGAAGAAAUACUCUGGUAGUUCCUGGUGAAUCAGAUUCAGCCGUCAGUUGGAAUGAAUUUGUUAAGAACUUGGUUGACUAUAAUACUCGGGGAAACCAGGCAGCGCAGAAAGUUAAGCUGGCUACUCUUCGACUGGUCUUGGAAAUUGCGGGAAAUAAGCUGACAUUGAAUACAUUCAACCGAAUUCUAUUAAGUUUAUCGUGGCAAUAUGAAUUGACACAUAUGAAUCAGAUUUACAAGCACAUGACCAAAGAAUACGAUAUCGAGCCAGACAUUCAAACCUAUAACAUUUUCAUAAAAACAAUAAUGAGGUCAAACAGCAGAAAUAGGGUCAGGAGAUGCAUUCGGAUAUUGCAAGACAUGAUCUGUCAAGACAUAGUACCAGAUGCUUAUACGUGGAACCUCAUUUGUGGGGGUUUGAAAGAUGUACACGAGACGCUCAAUUUCAUGAGGAGGAUCUAUGACUUUAAUAUUCCCCUGUUAUGUCAAAGAAAUUUAUCCAGGUCUGGCAUUCAAUUUCCAGUAACCAAGGAAUUAUUUGAUCCCAAUUUACAAAUUGACUACGAAACAUCAUACAGUCUCAUGUCAUUGGGAGUGAGAGUACAGUUACAAGAUGAUAAAAACUUAAGACAGGCUUUUGCAUAUAUGCAACAGAUCUGCCUCCAAAGCCAAGUCCAGUUGGGACCCAGCUUAGCUUUGGAGCCAAAAUUGGAUAUACUCAAGCUAUUUCUACAAUUCAUACUGUUUGAAUGGCGAAACUUACCUUACGCAAUUGCAUUUUUGCAAUACUUUGAAAAAUCCUACCCAAGUUUGUUUGGUAAUAAAGCGAAAAGCGAAAUCUAUUCGAUGUUCACUUCGGCGAUGAGCCAAUUCGAGGAAUCCCCACUUUGGAGCUCACUUUUGAGAUACUUUUAUCACAAAUCACUAGACGAAAAGGGCAACGCUACAUUGAACAAGACCGAUCUCGGAAGGUUGCAAGAAGUGAUAUCAAGGAACAACUCAAAAAUCGAGUCGCCAGAAUCCGAACUCAACUUUGUUGAUAUGACUGCGAGUCUUACUUUAGUCGAAAGAACUGUCAUAGAUCGUGUUUUUAAACAAUUGAGAUGGCCUGGGUCUGCGUUUGGAGAGGGGCCAAUAUGGGAUUUGAAAAGAAAUACACCUGCUUUUCAGCAAGCAUGCAAUGCUAUUGGCUGUUACAAAAGUUUGGACGAUAGCGGAUCAUCGAAAGAAAUCAACUUGGAGGCCGAAAAAUUCGAUGCAUGGCAAUAUUUCGACUAUUCGAAAACUAUGCAAGAUGACCUCUUUAUGGAUGUUGCAACCGCAUCUUCUGGUAAUGCUAAUUUUAAAUGA